GGCACGGCUCUAGGGAGCGAUUGGGCGCGUCUCUCCUACAAACUAAGGGACGGCGCCCCGGGUUACGGCGGCUAUCUGACGACCGCGUGGGGGGGAAGGAAUAUCUCUGCCUGAGGUCAGGAAGCCGAGAAGCGGCCGGUCUCCCAUCGGGGGUGGUUUGUAUUUGAGGCGCGCCCUCUCCGGUUAACCACAUCAGUAGAGAGCCCCUAGCGGCCAGUCGCGCGCAGUUAAAAAAAAUAAAAAUCGGAAGAAGGAAGCGAGAGCGAUGUCAGCUUGAAAACGCUACAAUUCUCUUGUGCUGGUGCUCUCUAUAAAGGACUAUUUCUAAAAAAAAGUUGAUACUAUAAAAUGGAUUUUGAAAAGUUGCCAAGGUUUUCAUGAUGGAAUUUAAGUUUACACAAAAACGACUAUGUGUUUUAAGUCAAUGCUGAAGAUACUGUCUACAUCCUGGUGUGGUGGUCUUGAGUUUUUGCUCGGAAGCAACGUAAAAUGGAUCUGAAGGAAAGCUGUCCAAGUGUUAGCAUCCCCAGCUCUGAUGAGCACAGAGUGAAGAAAAAAAGAUUUACUGUCUACAAAGUCUUGGUCUCAGUUGGCACUAAUGAAUGGUUUGUCUUCAGGCGAUAUGCUGAAUUUGACAAGCUGUAUAAUACACUAAGGAAACAGUUUCCUACAAUGAAUUUGAGAAUUCCUGCUAAGAGAAUAUUUGGAGAUAAUUUUGAUCCUGAUUUCAUUAAACAAAGAAGAGCAGGAUUGAACGAAUUCAUUCAGAAUUUAGUGCGACAGCCUGACCUUUGCAAUCAUCCAGAUGUAAGAUCAUUUCUUCAGAUGGACAAUCCAAAGCACCAAUAUGAUCCAUCUGAAGAUGAGGAUGAAAGAAACAGUCAAAAGCUAAAUUCUACCUCACAGAAUAUCAACUUGGGGCCAUCUGGAAAUCCUCAUGCUAAACCAACAGACUUUGACUUCCUGAAAGUUAUUGGGAAGGGCAGCUUUGGUAAGGUUCUUCUUGCAAAACGAAAACGGGAUGGAAAGUUCUAUGCUGUUAAAGUGCUGCAGAAGAAAAUUGUCCUAAACAGGAAAGAGCAAAAACAUAUCAUGGCUGAACGCAAUGUGCUCUUGAAAAAUGUGAAACAUCCAUUCUUAGUUGGACUGCAUUAUUCAUUCCAAACCACAGAGAAGCUGUACUUUGUUCUGGAUUUUGUUAAUGGAGGAGAGCUCUUCUUUCACUUACAAAAAGAACGUACCUUUCCUGAACACAGAGCCAAGUUUUAUGCUGCUGAAAUAGCCAGUGCACUGGGCUACUUGCACUCCAUAAAAAUUGUAUACAGGGAUUUGAAGCCAGAAAAUAUUCUUCUGGAUUCAUUGGGGCAUGUUGUCUUAACAGAUUUUGGACUCUGUAAAGAAGGAAUUGCUACAUCAGAUACUACUGCAACAUUUUGUGGAACUCCAGAGUACCUGGCUCCAGAGGUAAUCCGAAAGCAACCUUAUGAUAACACUGUAGACUGGUGGUGUCUUGGAGCUGUUUUGUAUGAAAUGCUGUAUGGUCUGCCGCCCUUUUACUGCCGUGAUGUUGCUGAGAUGUAUGAAAACAUUCUUCAUAAACCUCUCCAUUUAAGGCCAGGCGUCAGUCUUACAGCUUGGUCUAUUCUGGAAGAACUCUUGGAGAAGGAGAGACAGAACAGACUUGGAUCUAAAGAAGACUUUCUUGAAAUUCAAAGGCAUCCCUUCUUUGAAACUGUCAAUUGGAAUGAUCUCUUACAAAAAAAGAUUCCACCACCAUUUAAUCCUAAUGUGUUUGGUCCAGAUGACAUCAGGAAUUUUGAUGCAACAUUUACAGAAGAGAUGGUACCCUGCUCCAUUUGCAUUUCUUCUGAUUACAAUAUUGUAAAUGCUAGUGUACUGGAAGCAGAUGAUGCAUUCAUUGGAUUUUCCUAUGCACGACCUUCUGAAGACUUAUUUCAUUGAGCUGAAGAUUGGAACAUUGAAAACUAUCCCUAGUGGAGUGAUGAAAUUAGAUGAUUAUAAACAGUUUCUGAAAUAUAUGCUACAAGUGCCUCAUUUGAUCUGCUGAAGAACAAACUUUUUCUGCUGUAUUAUGAGGAUAAUGGGCAUUUUGUAUUCCAUUUUUAGACUGUUAAACAUGCUGCACAAAAAUAUUUUUAAAAAUGCAUUUAAAUAAAAGUUCCUAAUCUUGAAACUUUUAAAACAAAGAUAAAUAGCUGUUUUUCGUUCAGUUUAUAUUAACCUAUCUAUAUCAGCUAUCUUUAUGAUCAGAACACCCAUUUAAUGGGCUUUGUAAUAUAUUGAAUUUCUAUGAUUCAAAUACAGCUAUGCAAUUAUUUUGGUAAACUUCUGUUUAAAAAAUAAACUUAACUACCAUUUGUUUACUUAACUGGCAAUAAUCAUACUAGUUUACUAACUAGAAGAUAUAAUAUAUACAAUAUCACUUGGUUUAAUGCAAACCUGUGCCACUGUAAAUCAUGAUGGGCAUAUAAAUGAAGUCAUUUAUCCAAUCACUUAAGUAUUUGAUUCAUUCUAGUUACCAAACACAGGAAUGUAUUUUCUAAGUUAAAUAAUGGUGGAGCAAAUUAUCAUUUAAUAUUUGUUGACAACACAUCUCACAAUGACCAUUUCUCCUCUUCUUGUAGAAGAAGCUAAGUGUCUUUCUCCCCAAGAAAUAAAGAUUUAAGUAUCACUGUACAGCCAUUUAUAGAAGUGAAACUCCUACCUUCUAUGUUGAAAGCUAAUAUAUUACAAUUAGAUUAUAUUAAAAUAUUAUUUCCUUGUUAUCUGUAUUCUAAUUUCAAUUUCUUUUUAUUUGCUCCCAAAUAAUGUACUAAUGUAUAACUUGUUUAUUUUUGGACAUCCAUGCCCAUUUAUCCCAGUAUAAUCAGUGAUUUGAGGGUGAGAAUGAGCUUCAAAACAGUUCAUUUGUGAAAUUUGAAUAGAAAGUACUUUUUUCUUGGCUUUAACAGCCUCUGGUUGAAUAUAAAUCAAAUCUUUGCUUUAUAAAUUAUUUUCACUUUAAAAUAUAAAGAAGUUUUUUUUGUUUAGUUGUCCCAUUCAAAGUAAAUGGAUGAAGGUAUUUGAGACAAUCAACAUAAAUUGUAAUAUUGUUAGUGUUUAUUUUUCCCACUAAUAAAUGGAAUUAAUAUUGAUUAA